UGUGUGCAGAACGCAUUGAAAUUGUCUGCGCGACAUGCCUUUUACUGUAACAUUAAAGUUGCACGGUGUUAGUUAUAUCAACCGGACCGACGCUAAAAAGUAGGCUAAUACAUGAGUGCGUACCUGCGGUCAAAUGUUCGCCGUAAGAUCCCUGUUCGUUCAUAGGGCGCGUUCACAUUCAAUCGGACAAGCAGUAGUCACACAAAGCAGUACGUUAACUAAAUAUACAAAAAUUAUACAGAUGAAGAAACGAAAGGCAGAGGACACUGACGCUGGCUCCUCGUCUUCGCUGAGCCCGGAGCAGUUGGACCGUAUUGCUAGCAACAAGCGAGCGGCACUAGACAGACUGUCGACCCACAUUGCCCCCAAUGGCAUAGAGGAGAGCUGGCGAAGAGCCCUGAGCAAAGAGUUUGCCAAGCCUUACUUCAAAGAGUUAAUGUCCUUCGUAGCAGAUGAACGGAAGAAGCACACAGUCUAUCCUCCCCCACACCAGGUCUUCACAUGGACCCAGAUGUGUGAUAUAAAAAAUGUAAAGGUUGUGGUAUUGGGGCAGGACCCAUACCAUGGGCCAGGUCAAGCUCAUGGACUGUGUUUUAGUGUGCAGAGGCCUGUCCGUCCUCCACCCAGCCUAGAGAACAUGUAUAAGGAGCUAAGCUCCGAUAUAGAGGGCUUCCAGCACCCGUGUCACGGGGACUUGACAGGCUGGGCCAAACAAGGAGUGCUUCUGCUCAAUGCUGUACUAACAGUUAGAGCACACCAGGCUAACUCGCACAAGGAUCAGGGUUGGGAGACGUUCACAGACGCAGUCAUCCAGUGGCUCAGCACCAACCUGGAUGGACUUGUGUUCAUGCUGUGGGGAGCCUAUGCCCAAAAGAAGGGAGCGACCAUCAAUAAGAAACGGCACCAUGUCCUGCAGGUGGUGCACCCUUCUCCACUGUCGGCUCACAGGGGCUUCUUCGGCUGCAGGCACUUCUCCAGAACCAAUGAGCUGCUAAAGAAGUCUGGGAAGGCACCCAUUGACUGGACUCUUCUUUAAAAGACCUUGUGACUUGUCUCACUUUUAGCUAAAAGGUCUUUCAGUAAAGUCUACAUGGGCCACUUUUGAGCCUUUUUCAUUUCAUACGUUGUUGUAUGUCCAUUUCCUUCUAGUUACAAACUCUUCAAAUGUGUGUUGUUCAACCCAGAGCUCCAGUACACGGUCAUUUUUGAAUGUAUUCAUUGCCGAAAGAUGUAUAGUGACCGUUGUGGGUAAUCAUCUGUUACCAGGUUACACUAUUCAGCUUGUAAAGUUUCAGCUAUAGCUACAUUGUAACACUAACAGUACCAGUUUAAUUUUCAUGUUUUCCUUCUGUCUUCUAGAUGUAAAUAUUUUUAUUUUGUGUGCUUUCUAUUUUGCUAAUAAAUUCCAUUGCAAU